AUGCUACAGUCUCCCUCAGAUGAUAGAAGCUCGAUGCUCCUGUCGCCAUCGGAUGAUAGACCCACGAUGCUUCUGUUGCCCUCAGAUGAUAGAACCACGAUGCUCUUGUCGCCAUCACAUGAUAGACCCACGAUGCUGCUGUCGCCCUCAGCUGAUAAACCCACGAUUCUCCUGUCGCCCUCAGAUGAUAGACCAACGAUGCUCCUUUCUCCCUCAAAUGAUAGAACCACGAUACUUCUGUCGCCCUCAGUUAAAAGAUCCACGAUUCUCCUGUUGCACUCAGAUGAUAGACCCACGAUGCUCCUAUCGUUAUCAGAUGAAAGACGCACGAUGCUCCUGUCGCCCUAA